GUCCCCUCAGCACCACCUCUAUUUUUGCAGCCAUCAUCACCUUUCAACCACCCACUCCCCCUUCUCUCUCCCGUAGUUUUCACAGAAAUUUAUGGAAGAAAAGCUCGAAACUCCAACUACCACCGCCUCCGCCUCCGCGACUAGCACCAAACAUAUCACCCGUAACAUGGAGGAAACCGACUUCUUUCCCGACGACAUAGACAGCACUUGCUCCACUCCGUACGUCAGCGCUCCGUCAAGCCCGGGCCGCCCCCCACCGCACUGCGGCUUCUACUACAGUGCCCCCACCAGUCCCAUGCACUUCGUGCUUUCUAGCUCUACGAUGAAUUCCGCCGCAUCUAACCACUCCGACGGCUCCGCGGCAGCCUGUUCCUCCUUUGAGUUCGACUUCUCCGCCCGGUUAGCGGCCGACGGCGUCGUCUGCGCCGGAGCCAUGAGCUCCGCCGACGAGCUGUUCUUCAAUGGCCAGAUCCGCCCGAUGAAGCUCUCCUCCCACCUCCAGCGCCCCCAAGUCCUCGCCCCGCUCCUUGAUCUCGACGAAUCCGAGGAGACGGAUUUGGAUAACGGCAAUGAGAAUGACGCGUGCAGGGGACGCGAUUUGAAGGUGCGCAAUAGAUCUCUGCGCCGGAGGACCCGAUCCAUGUCUCCGCUCCGAACCGCUUCGUUCCAGUGGGACGAAGGUUAUGAAGAGAACGACGAGGAAGCAGGAAAAUCCAGCAAUGAGAAGAACGAGAAGCAAAAUGGAGUUGAAGCCAAGGAGAGCGAAGACGAAGGUAAUUUCAUUGAAACGCCGUCGUGUAACUCCGGUUCCUCCUCGCGGUCCUCCUCUAUCGGGAGAAGCUCAAAGCGAUGGGUGUUCCUGAAGGAAUUUCUGUACAGAAGCAAGAGCGAAGGAAGAAACAAUAGUAACCAAAAGUUCUGGAGAGCUUUGUCUUUUUCUUCCCCGAUAAAGGAGAAGAAAAUAGCAACCGCCGUUAAAACACCGCCUAUCAAUAACGGAGAGGCUUCGGAUGUUAAGAAACCAAAGGCAGGUGAGAAAGAGGCGAGGAGGAAACCGGUGAACGGAAACUCCGCCGGCUCUGGGAAGAGGAGGGUGCCGCCUUCACCUCACGAGUUGCAUUACACAGCAAACCGGGCGCAGGCGGAGGAGAUGAGGAGGAAGACAUUCCUGCCUUACCGGCAAGGCUUACUGGGUUGCUUGGGUUUCAGUUCAAAGAGUUAUGGAGCCAUGAAUGGGCUUGCUAAAGCUUUAAACCCAGUUUCUUCAAGGUAAAGCGUCUUUUGUAAAUCAUUAAACCUUAAAACCAGCAUAAUUAUUCCUAGUAACUUCCCAAAUGAUUAAUGUAAAGAUUUUUACAUCCCAUGUGUUUCAUUUUAUCUAUUUCUUGAUUUGGUAAUGUUUCCGGUGAUUGUGAUGUCUAUUUAAGCAGUGGGGAUUUCUCUAUCGGUUGUAAACAUCAGCUUUCUCUCUGCUUAAGCAUCAUGGGUUUGAUUUAGUACUUUUGUAGCUUGUGUUCAUGGAAAUCUAUGAAAUUUAUUGGAUCCUUAUGAAGUGAUCAUCUUCAACCACACAUGGAAUAAAAG